GCACUUCUCAUAUUAUCGUCAGUAAUGGUAGUGCUGUCCAUAUUCUGUGUGAUCGCCUCAGUCUUCUUAAUAGUAGGUCUCUGUGUUGAAAGCAAGAGACUACUUAUACCAUGGAUAGCAUUGGUCUCCUUUACCACGUGUAUGGAUAUAGUAUUCGCUAAUAUAGUCUUCUUUUUCAAGCGGGACUUUAAUAAUGAAGACGUAGAGCACCGGCAAGAAGUGGAGGAAACGCCGACUAUUUAUGCGAUCGAUAUCCUAAUCGUAUUAUUUAAUAUUUAUUCAAUUUUAUGCGUUUUAUCGCAAUAUCAAGACUACUGUGAAGGCCGGGGAACCGCUGAAUACAACUAUAGAAAUCCCAGAAGAAAUAAAUUAAAACAAAUGUUGUGCAAAUCUGAUUGGUGUAUAAUAUUAUUUCCAUUUUACACCCCCUCACUGACACCCUCGAUGGCCCCCUCAUUGUCGCCCUCAUUCAACGCCUUUCACGCAAAGGUCACGUAUUCGUCACAAAUCAAGUCGGACUCGGCCUGCAAGUGGCCCACCAUUGAGACCUCGGAGUCCAAGUGUCACCUCAUGAUACCCAGGAAUAGUCUCAACACCGAGAACUCCUGUGUCACUAGUAUUGAGGAUAUGAGUAAUACGAGCGCCCGGUCCUCGAUAACGACGGCAAAUGUGGACCGAUUCUAUGGGCACAACAUAUGCCCACUCCAUAGGAGAGACUCCCUGUCCGAUGAGAGCUGUAGAUGCGAUCAAACGGUUGUUCAACUCGAGCCUCAAUUCUGUACAGAAUCGCAGUCUAUUGAUGCUAUUGAGAGGAACCUGAGUCUCACUAAUGACUCGACACAAGAAUAGAGACAAACAUGUCUUUAAAGUGACCCGGAUCAUAUUAUCCAUUAGUGCUUUUCAUAUGCUUUUUACCAUUCAAAUCCAUUUAUACUACGUUUUCCUUCACUACCAUUAAUAAUAGUCUAUUAUAUUAUUAUUAAACUCAUU